UGUAUGACGCAACUGUCAUGGCGCUUUCCGUAUUCUGGUGGUCUUGCUGUUAGUGACUGUUAAGAAACAUUUAACUACUGUCGUGAAUUAAUCUUAGUCUUUAUCAGUGUGUUUAACUACAACAAAAAUUAAGAUGCCCCUAUCGUGUAGGUUCUACAAGGAACGAUUUCCAGAGAUAGAGGAUGUCGUCAUGGUGAAUGUGCGAUCCAUCGCUGAGAUGGGUGCAUACGUCAGCCUCCUCGAAUACAACGCCAUCGAAGGCAUGAUCCUGCUGAGCGAGUUGUCACGGCGACGCAUCCGCUCGAUAAACAAACUGAUCCGUGUCGGACGCAGCGAGUGUGUAGUCGUCAUCCGCGUCGGCAAGGAGAAGGGUUACAUAGAUCUGUCAAAGAGACGAGUGUCACCAGAGGAAAUAGUCAAAUGCGAAGAAAAAUUUGCAAAAGCAAAAGCAGUGAACAGCAUCCUGAGACAUGUCGCUGAAAUCUGUCAGUAUGAGACUGAUGAACAGCUGGAGGAUCUAUACAACAAGACCGCCUGGCACUUUGAGGAGAAGUAUAACCAACAGUCGAGUUCCUACGACGCCUUCAAGCAUGCCGUAACGGACCCAUCGAUAUUGGACGAGUGUGAGUUAGACGAGGAAACCAAGUCAGUCCUUCUUGCCAACAUUCGGCGUAGACUGACGCCGCAGGCCGUCAAAAUUCGCUCGGACGUCGAAGUGUCUUGCUUCCGAUAUGAGGGCAUUGACGCUGUCAAGACUGCUCUGAAGAAAGCGUUGGCAUUGUCGACGGAGGAAAUGCCGGUCAGGAUCAAUCUCAUCGCGCCUCCCUUGUACGUCGUCACGACGACAACUCUAGAGAGAGCCGAUGGCCUAAAGACGCUCACUGAAGCUGUCGAAAACAUUAAGGAAAGCAUAGAGGGCAGUGGCGGACACUUCACUCUUAAACUGGCCCCAAAGGUGGUGACGGACACGGAAGAGAUUGAGCUGGCUAAGAGGCUCGAGCAGCUGGAGAUGGCCAACACGGAGGUGGACGGCGACGUUGACUCCUCAGCCGACGAGGACGCCGGCACCGACAGCGAGCGAGAGGUCAAGGUCGACGCGGGAGACGGCGAAGCGAAGGUCGACGCGGGAGACGGCGAAGCGAAGGUCGACGCGGGAGACGGCGAAGCGAAGGUCGACGCGGGAAACGGUGAAGCGAAGCCCGUCGAGGCAUAGAGGGCGCCACUCAUCGGUGAUCCCAGGGGGGGCGCGGCAAGCGUCACGCUACGUGCCGCUGGGUCUGUAACCGGGAAUGUUCCGAGUGGCAUUCGGAGAGCCUUGGAUAAUUACGAUUGUUUGACAGUCAAACCCGAGGAAGCGGACACAUGUAGAAUGGUUGUCUGUCUGAAGGAUGCUAUUGGCAUUUGCUUCGACGUGCAGUUAUACACUGAUAACACUUCUAUUGAACGAACAGCUGUCUGUAAAAGACGCUUCCAACGUUUACCUUGAAUGACCCUUCUAUACAGGUUGACUGUACUGAACGACUGAAUGCCACAAGGACCAUCUACGGUCAGAAUUCGGCGGCAACGUAUCAGGCGUGCAUGUCUUCUCAUGGGUGUAGAUGCGGUGUAUUUUUGAACAUCAUGAAUCAGUGGUAACAUGAAUCAUUGUUGACACCAUGGCCUGGUAUUACCUAUACUUUUUAAUAAUACUGUGGCUGCACUCAGAUCUGAGCAGGCAGGGUCUUAUUAAAUUGCAGAGGAAGAGUUUGCUAACAGGUAAUGGAAAAAGCAAGCUAGAUACCAAGGCUAUGGAUUCAUUGGUCAGACACGAAUUCUUAUUGAAGAAAGAUGGGCAUUUACGUGUGAAACUAUCAUGUUAAUGUCCGAGCUAUUUCUGCCUGGCAUUAAAAGUUACAAGUAGUGCCACCUGGUGUGCGAAAUAUUGAGUGAACUGUCAACUACCGGAAUGGCGGAAAAUCAUAUUAAAAUAUAUCGUCGGUGGAAAACUGUU